AUGGCGACGGAAGAAGAACCGACGGUCGACGUGAAGCUUUUCGUGGACAAGGAGAAGAACAAGGUCCUCUUCGCGGAGUCCGGCAAGGAGUUCGUCGACGUGCUCUUCGGCUUCCUCACGCUGCCUCUCGGCACCGUCGUUCGCCUCCUCGGCAAGCAGUCCCAGGUCGGAUGCCUCGACGAGAUCUACAAGAGCGUGGAGGAGCUCUCCAACGACUUCUUCAGAACCGAGGCCUGCAAGGCGAUGCUGCUUAGGCCCAUCAGCGCUGCGGCGAAGCAAUGCUGCGACCUCAAGGUCAGAGUCGAAGACACCAAGCACAGGGAGGUCUAUGUUUGCGGCGACACGAGCUGCUGCGCGAAGGCCGACGGCUCGUUUAGCUCGGUCCCCGGCGCUGCCUGCAAAUGCGGAUGCUUGAAGUUUAUCGUGACUGAUGAUCUCCAAGUAGCACCAGCCUCAACUUCUCUCAUGUUGUCACUUCUUAAGAAGUUUGGGGUGGAGGAUCCCUCCCGUCUUGAGCAGAGGAUGAUCCAGCUCAGUUCAGUCGAGAUGACUAACUUGCUCAAGAGAUCAUUGACGUCGAAGCAGCCUUUAACUGGUCACUGUUUUGAUGUUGCCAUCUCAAUUGAUGUUUCAGCCCUAGAGAUGCUACUGGAGAGUUUACAUCCUAAGCAGGGAAAUGAUGCUGAGCAUGAGUUGGACAAUGUGAGGAUAAGAGUUCUUCGGACGAACAGCUCAUCGCUGCUCUAUGCUGAAGUUAAUGACGAUUUCGUCGAGCUCCUAUUUGGCUUCCUGACCGUACCACUGGGAUCCAUCAUUAAGACUUAUGGUUCAUGGCCAUCAAUUGGAUGCAUCGCUAAUCUGUACAGUAGGAUAGAUGGAAGUGCUAAAGGAUGCAUCAGAGAACCAUGCCAGUGCUUGCUACUAUCACCAAAGCUGGCACCUUUCUUUACUUCUGAAGCUACUAAGAUAGUGCAAGCUGAAGAAUCAGCUCAAAGGAAGCAACAAAUUAAGGCAUGCUUCAAGUGCAUAAAGACAUUAGGUUUUCCGAAGCAUGUCAACUGUCACGCGAAAGAUCGACAUGGCAAUUAUGUGAAUUGCCGUGACACUGUAAAGACCACAAACCUCUGUGAAUGUGAUCCGAAAUCCCCAAAGGGAGGAAGUGACAAGGGUAAAGGGUAUGUCAAGCAAGGCCCUCAGAACUUCAUGGUGACUGAUAAUCUGCAUGUUCUUCCACUAUCCUUGGAGAACACUAUACAAGUUGUUUGUGAGGCCAAGAUUCAGUCAAAUGAUCUUGCGGAGAAAGAAUUCAGCCUCGCAAAAUCUCAGCUGACGGAGCUACUGAAAGCCGCCUAG